AUGAGUGAGGAUGAUUAAGUAAUACUUUUUAUUCAACAUUCCCUUAGCAUUUUCUAGAAGAUGACAAUAGUGAAGAUGACAAAUUCGAGGAAAAUCUUGAAAAACAAUAUGCCGUAAUUCAGUUACAUAAUUGUAGUUAUAUCCUAAAGUGAGUAACAAGAGACCUGAAUCUAAACAUGGAAGGCCUGAAAGUUCCAAAUUUUCGUAUAAAAAAUAAGAAUAGCAUACAGUAGAAUAAUAACCCAAACCUUUUGAAGCCAUACCCACUUCUCCUGCUCUCAAGAAGUUUAACUAAUUAGUGUCGUUUCACAAAAUACUAAUUGAAUAAUUCUGGAAGAAUCAUACAAUCAUGGCUUCUUAAACUGAAUUCAUAGCUUUUCUAUUGGAAUCAGGUUACAUAUCAUCAAUAUAUAAGGAUUUCAAUUUGAUCAACACGAAAUCAAUUAAAUCCUUAGUGAUCUAUCUAAUGAUCGUGGUGUAAUCACUAUUGAAAGUCUAUGUAAGAAAGUACCUGCAUGGCAUUAAAACGAGAGUAUUUCUACAACCUCAUUAUUCAUUAUAGAUGCAAUGUUAGAGUUUAUAAGGGAAAAGGCACUCAAAUUGGCAUAGGAAUCUAAGAGGAAGUUCUCAGCCCAAAAGAAACCAAAACCAUAGUCAGCCAGCACUAAGCGCAGUGGUUUCAAUAAGGUAGAUUCCAGACCCGUCAGUGGCAUCUCCAAAAAGUAUCAAUCAGGUUUCAGUGAUCUCAAAAUGUAAAUUUACACUUAUCAUAAAGAUCUAACUUUAAUGAUAAACCCUUAUAGAACAGAUCCAAACAUUAUUUACAAUUGGCUAAGCAAAAAUAAUAAGAAGAAGAUCGACUACUCUAAUUAACAAUUAACUAAGGCAAGAAUGAAUAUGAAUAUGAAAUGCUCAUCAAAAUGGGAGAAGCCAAUGAAUUAUCAUAAGAAUUAGAUAGCAAGAUUACUUAUAGAGCCUAUAAGACUGCAUAAGGACACUUGAAGGUUCAUGUUUAUGAAUUGGAACACUUUUAAAGAGAUCUAACCUUGGAGGAGUUUCAAAGGGAGUACAAUAUUCUGAGGAGCAAAUAUAAUGAGAAGAAAAAGUUGAAGAUUUGGGAAGUACUCAAUGAGAAGAAAAAGAAUUAAAAAAGUCUAUAACACUUUGGAUCUUCUCAGAAAGAGGAAGUCAAAUAAAAUGAAGUUGAUGCCAAAGCUGUAAAUAAAAAAGAAAGAUAACAAGAAUUAAAGAAGGUGCUUCUAGAAACUAUGAUGCUUUCAAAUGUGUUGAAGGAACAAUUAGUGGUUUUGAAUAGGAAGGGUAUCAAUGCAAUACAUAACCAAAGUGUAAAAUUAUGA